GCACGUAUAUGGCACAAGCCUAGCGUAGACACGAAGGCUUGCUGUGUUGUCUAUAGCUUUCGACAGCACACGCUUCCAUUUCCUUCGAGAGGCAUCGAUCAGUGCCGUCAUCUAUCGUUCGCCGCUCAGCACGGCUACUAGCCAGCAGCCGAGAGGGUUCGAGAGGGGCCGAUGGGCAGCGUCGGCGGCUGGCCGGAGGAGGAGGAGGAGCAGGCCGCCGCCGGCAGCGAUCCUCCUCCGGCUGUGUGCGUGACGGGGUCCACCGGCUACGUCGGCUCCUGGCUCGUCCGCACGCUGCUGCGGCGAGGCUACCGCGUCCACGCCACCGCCAGGGACACAGGCAAGGCGUGGCGGGUGCUCGCCGCCGUGGAAGGGGGCGACCGGCUCCGGGUGUUCCGGGCGGACAUGGGCGAGGUCGGGAGCUUCGACGCCGCCGCCACGGGAUGCGUGGCGCUCUUCCAUGUCGCGGCCUCCAUGGAGUUCCACGUAUCACCAGGCCAGGACAACGUUGAGGAGCGCGUGAGGUCAAGUGUGCUGGAGCCGGCGACGAGGGGCACCAUCAACGUGCUGCGGUCCUGCGUCCGCGCGGGGACCGUGCGCCGGGUCGUCUUCACGUCCUCCGUCAGCACGCUGACGGCGGCGGGCGCGGAGGGCCGGCGGGAGGCGGUCGUCGACGAGUCCUGCCUUAGGGACCUCGCCGACGUCUGGCGCACCAAGCCCGUCGGCUGGAUCUACAUCCUGUCCAAGCGACUGACAGAGGAGGCGGCGUUCAGGUUUGCACGGGAGAACGGCCUCCAUCUCGUGUCAGUCAUCCUGCCGACGGUUGCAGGCCCGUUCCUGACGCCAAGUGUUCCAACGAGCAUCCAGCUUCUGCUGUCACCCAUAACAGGUGAUCCCAAGCUCUACUCGCUGCUGGCCUCCGUGCACGCGAGGUUCGGGUGCGUCCCGCUGGCGCACGUCCAGGACGCCUGCGACGCGCACGUCUUCCUCAUGGAGUCGCCGCGCGCCGAGGGGCGGUACCUGUGCGCCGCCGGCGGCCACCCGAUGGCCGACGUCGAGCGGCUCCUGGCCGCGCGCUACCCUCCCUUCAAACCACCGGAGAGGUUGAGCAGAGAUUUCGACGCCUCGUCGGCGGCGGCGAUGUCGUCCAAGAGGCUGCUGGACCUUGGUUUCAGGUUCGAGCGUGGUGUGGCGGACAUCGUGGCAGACAGUGUCGCGCAGUGCCUCGACCAUGGAUUCCUGGAGCACCCUGAGACCUGAAUGGGAGCUGCAACGAGACCUGAAUGGGAGGCAAGGCCAGGAUGGAUGGUUGGGCUGGGGCAUGGGAUACUACUCGAUCGCAUUGGGUAUAAAGGCAUCCAAAUUGAGAACAUGUCAAAUAUGUUCGAAGCGUAUGAAUUUCGCGGAAAACCGUUCAUUUAAUGUUAAGGUUUUUGUCGUGCUUUUCGGAUUA